UACAAGUAUAACGUUGUUGAGCAACGCUUUUGAACUUUUAGCGUGAGUUUGGUAUGUCUGUUACUAAAGUAUUAGAUGACCUUGCGUAUCACGUGCUGAGCAUAUGUAUUUGAGUAUACCAGGUUUAGCUCGUGUGAGUUUCUCAUUGCAGGUUUAUUUCUAGCAUGGAUAAUUCCGAAGUUGGUGAACAGAUUUCUGGCAUAAAAGUUCCAGAUAUUGAUAAUUUGCUACGAAUUGACCCGUAUUUGAAACUCCACGAACAUGAAAUCAGGAGAAGGUAUGGAGUAUUUAAAGACUACUUGAAUAAAAUAAAUGAACAAGAAGGUGGACUAGCCCAAUUUUGCCGAGGAUAUCAGUAUUUUGGAAUUCAUGUAGAUAGUGAAAAUGGAGUUUGGUGUCGAGAAUGGUGUCCUGGUGCAGAAAGAGUUUUCCUAAGUGGAGAAUUUAAUAACUGGAAUAGACAAACUCAUGCCUAUAAAAAACUUGAUUUUGGAAAGUGGGAACUGUAUAUUCCACCAAAACUUGAUGGGUCUUGUCCAAUUGAUCAUCUCAGCAGUGUAAAGGUUGUUGUUCAGACAAAGUCUGGGGAUCUGGUUGACAGACUAUCACCAUGGGCAACUUAUGUCAAGAGGUCAAAACAUUCAUUAGCUUUUGAACAUUAUUUGUGGAACCCUUCUGAGAAUGAGAGAUACAAGUUUAAACAUCCCCAGCCAAAGCGACCUGAGAGCCUUAGGAUAUAUGAAGCUCAUGUUGGAAUUGCUUCUCCUGAACAAAAAGUGGCUACUUACAAGAAUUUUGCAGAUAAUGUGAUCCCUUAUAUUAAAAAACAAGGAUACAAUGCUAUUCAGUUAAUGGCAAUAAUGGAACAUGCUUAUUAUGCAAGCUUUGGAUAUCAAGUUACAAGCUUCUAUGCUGCUUCAAGUCGCUUUGGCACCCCAGAAGAACUGAAGGAGCUUUUGGACAUUGCCCAUGCAAAUGGUCUUUAUGUACUCUUGGAUGUUGUACAUAGUCAUGCUUCCAAAAAUGUACUAGAUGGACUGAACCAAUUUGAUGGAACAAAUUCUUGUUUUUUCCAUGACAAAGGACGAGGAGAACAUUCCUUGUGGGAUAGUCGCCUUUUUGACUUCACACAAACUGAAGUUUUACGGUUCCUCCUCUCCAAUCUUUGUUGGUACUUGGAUGAAUAUCAUUUUGAUGGUUUCCGAUUUGACGGAGUGACAUCUAUGUUGUACCAUACCCAUGGGAUCGGGCAUGGUUUCAGUGGAGACUACAAUGAAUACUUUGGUCUCAAUACUGAUACAGAGUCAUUGAACUAUCUGAUGGUGGCCAAUCACAUGCUACAUGAGCUAUAUCCUGAGAUCAUUACAAUAGCUGAGGAUGUCUCAGGAAUGCCUUCCCUGUGUAGACCUGUUUCUGAAGGUGGUAUAGGAUUUGAUUAUAGAUUAGGAAUGGCCAUUCCAGACAAGUGGAUAGAGCUACUUAAGGAACAAAGAGAUGAAGAAUGGAACAUCGGUAACAUUAUCCAUACUCUAACAAACAGGCGUUGGAUGGAAAAAACUGUGGCUUAUUGUGAAUCUCAUGAUCAGGCAUUGGUAGGUGAUAAGACAAUUGCUUUCUGGUUGAUGGAUAAAGAAAUGUAUGAUUUCAUGUCAGAGAUUACUCCACUAACUCCAAUUAUUGACAGAGGUUUAGCUUUACACAAGAUGAUAAGAUUAAUUACCCAUGGUCUAGGGGGUGAGGCCUGGCUGAAUUUUAUUGGAAAUGAGUUUGGUCAUCCUGAAUGGUUGGACUUCCCACGUAUUGGGAACAAUGAGAGUUACUAUUAUGCCAGACGCCAGUUUAAUUUAGUUGAUGAUCAACUGUUGAGAUACAAGUAUUUGGCAAGGUUUGACAGUGCUUUGAAUCACUUGGAGGAAAAAUAUGGUUGGCUGGCUGCUCCUCAGGGCUAUGUGAGCUGGAAGCAUCAGGAUGAUAAAGUUGUAGUAUUUGAAAGAGCUGGUCUUGUCUUUAUUUUGAACUUUCAUCCAGUCCAAAGUUUCCCGGAUUAUAAGAUUGGAGUAGAAAUCCCAGGAAAAUAUAAAAUAGCUUUGGAUUCUGAUUCUGAAGAGUUUGGUGGCCACAGAAGACUUGAUCACAAUGUUGACUUCUUCUCCUUCCCAGAAGGGUAUGCUGGGAGACAGAAUUCCAUGAUGGUAUAUAUUCCAAGUCGAGUGGGGAUUGUCUUUGCUUUAGCUGACUGAUGAACAGUACAGAUCCUGAUACUUUUUGUUAGAUCCAUCUCUAAACUUUAAUGUAUAGAAAACAAGUAGCUGAAGCUGAUUUCCAUUGAAUUUACUAACACCUGAUAGAAAAUAAUGUAUUGAACUAGAAUUCCAAGUGUUUUUAGAGAACUUGAUCUUGUUGUUUCAAAAUAUAUAUAUUUUUGUUGUGAAGUUGGUAACGUCAAUAAAAGAUCUGAAUAUUAUUUUAACUUUCUUAUUGUACACCUAAGAAGUAGUAGAAAAUAAAAAAAAAUAAUAAUAAUAUUUUUAACCUAUGGCUCAAAGUUUUUGCCUGUAAUUAGAAUUUUUAAUAGAAAAAGUUAUCUUUUUUGUUUCAUUAGCUUAUGCUGCAAGAAAGUAUUGGCUAUUAAUCAGUUGCUUAUGGGCUUUUGUUUCAUUAUCCCAGAAGUUAAAAAUAUCAAUUUCAUUACAUCAUUUAUGGUGGCAUUGCAACAGAGAAUUGCAUACUCUAAUUUUUUUUUCUUUUACAGUAUUACCUUGUGAUGUUAGAAAAUGUUAAGUAUUAGCUGCAUGAAGAAUGUGCUGCAGAGAAAUGAUUUUCAUGUUUAAAUAAAAGAGCACUUUAAUGUCAAAAACACUGAAUUGACAUGUAUGAUUAGUAAAUGGAAAAGUGUUUUAAAGAUAUAACUGAUAACAAGAUCCCAUUACCAGGGAUCUAGAAAAGAAUCUCUAUCGUAGUUUUAGAUUUUGACUAAAUUCAGGUACAUUUAUCUUUUAAUUGUGUAGCUUGUAAUAAAAAGGGAUUGGAUACAUAUUUUGCCCCUUGA